AUGAUUUUGUCCAAUGACCUUACUAGUCAUAAAAUCGCUAUGUCGGUGCCUCGUUUUCAUAGUGCCAAAGAACUACCAAACAAGCUGCAAAAGCAGAUAUUAGACGUCACAGAAGAAUUCAAGACCGUCUACGGCCAUGAACCAGACUUCGUAACGAGGUCCCCUGGUAGAGUGAAUCUUAUUGGUGAUCACAUAGACUAUGUGGACUUCUCUGUCUUGCCCAUGGCGAUUAACAACGCUGUAGCAUGUGCGGUGCGUGUGUUACCAAACACAGAAAUCCCCUCAGUGACGCUAAUAAAUACAGAUCCUCGAUUUGCGCAACGGCGCUUUGACCUGCCACUUGACGGCUCUGAUAUAUCGAUCGAUCCAUCAGUAUCGGAUUGGUCGAAUUACUUCAAGUGCGGACUAUUAGUCGCCCAGCAAUACUUGAGAAACCGAUUCUCAGACACAUUUAGUCCAGGAAGAACUCUCUCGGGACUUGAAGUAUUUGUUGAUGGUCAGGUGUUCACUGGAGGGGGUCUUUCGUCAUCAGCGGCUUUUAUAUGCGCCGUCGCUUUAGCAGUGAUUCGUGCUAAUGCCGGUCCUGGGUUUGAUAUACCAAAGCAAGAACUGACGCAGAUUACCGCCAAAGCAGAGCACUACGUUGGAGUCAACAAUGGCGGCAUGGAUCAAGCAGCAUCCGUUUGUGGCGAGAUGGACCAUGCCUUAUACGUCGAGUUCAAGCCCGAGCUCAAAGCAACCCCUUUCAUGUUUCCCAAGUUGAAAAACUCCGAGGUUCAGUUUAUCAUUGCCAAUACCAUGGUAGUAUCUAACAAGGUAGAAACGGCGCCAACCAACUACAAUCUGAGGGUUGUAGAAGUUACGGUGGCGGCAAAUGUAUUGGCGGCCAAAUAUGGCGUUGCUCUGGAGCGGGUAGGAAACUUAGAGAAAGGAACCUUGCGCGAAUUUAUGGACGCCUAUUACGCCCGCUACCAUGGCGCUAGAGAACCCUGGAGCGGAGACAUUGAGGAGGGUAUUACAAGACUUACCGAAAUGCUGCAAUUGGUAGAAGACACUAUGCUGGAGUUUAGCAGUGGCUAUACGGUCCAGCAAGCAUCCGAUGCAGUGAACAGCUCAAUGCAUGAAUUUGCAAGAGACUAUCUCACAAACUUUCCGGUCCGCUUUCAAGUCCUGAAGCUUUAUCAAAGAGCCAAGCACGUCUACUCUGAGGCCUUAAGGGUUUUGCAGGCACUCAAAUUGAUGCUUCAAAAAACGUUUACAACAGAUGCCGAAUUUUUUGAUUCCUUUGGACAGCUUAUGAAUGCUUCUCAGAAGUCAUGCGACAAGCUGUAUGAGUGCUCUUGCCCGGAGACUGAUGAGAUUUGUGAAAUCGCCAGAGCCAAUGGAUCAUACGGCUCGCGGCUGACAGGAGCUGGUUGGGGCGGAUGCACAGUACACCUUGUUCCUCGUUCCAAAGUGAACGACGUGACGCAAGCCCUUGCUGAACAAUACUAUGCUAAGCGUGGCAUACACGGCGAGGAAAUUGAUGAUGUCGUAUUGGUUUCAAGACCGGCACUCGGAAGUUGCAUUGUAGAGGGCUUCAGCUAA